AUGCCACUCUCCGAUGGUCUUGCGCUUCCAAUUGCACAGCAGCCAUCUCCUUUGCCGCUGGAUGUGGCCCAUACGAGUAAUUCGGACGCCGCUGGUUGGUUGUCCAGCAUUCUAGGUGACAAUCCAUACUUUCAGGCUGGGUUCGGUUUGAUGAGUGUCGGUGUCGGCUUAAGUGCACUCCGUCAAGCGGUCAUCCUUUCGUCUGUGGCUCUGCGCAGGCGGAUGCUUGUUUCUCUAGAAAUCAGCAACAAGGACCCGGCCUAUGACUGGUUUUUGACAUGGAUGUCACGGCGUUCCGGAGAUAUGGCAGCGGCAAACCCAAAGCUAUUCUCCCCGAGCUCCUGGCUCCGAAGCCAUCAGAUAAGUGUCCAGACAGUGCAUGAACAGCGCAAAAAUGGCAGUUCCUCCGUCUUAUUCAAGCUCGUGGCGGGGCCAGGCACUCAUUGGUUGCGGUACCGACAGGCGUGGAUUCAGGUGAAGCGUGAACGAGAGACACGCUCUCAGCAGCUGAUGUCGGGCAUUCCAUGGGAGACCGUUACACUCACCACGUUGUCGCGUGAUCGCAACAAAUUUCGCGAGCUUCUAUCCGAUGCGCGAGACAUGGCCCUGCGCGCACAGGAAGGAAAACUUGUGAUUCACACCGCGUGGGGUAUUGAAUGGCGACCAUUUGGGCAGCCGCGACGGAAACGUCCGCUCCACAGCGUCGUUCUUGCAGAAAGCGUGGCUGAACGCAUUGAACAAGAUGUUACGGAGUUCCUCCAACGCCGACAGUGGUACGAAGAUCGGGGGAUUCCAUACAGACGGGGGUAUCUUUUGCACGGGCCACCUGGCUCCGGAAAAUCCUCAUUUAUCCAGGCACUUGCGGGUGCACUCUCGUACGAUAUCUGUUUGCUCAACCUGUCCGAGCGUGGAUUGGCAGACGACAAACUCAUUCAUCUCCUCUCAAACACGCCCGAGCGUAGCUUCGUGUUGAUAGAAGAUGUCGAUGCCGCUUUCAACAAGCGCGUGCAGACCACGGCAGACGGAUACCAAUCUUCCGUGACGUUCUCCGGAUUCCUCAACGCGCUGGACGGCGUAGCUUCGGGUGAAGAACGGAUCAUUUUUAUGACCACGAACCACCCGGAGAAGCUGGAUCCUGCGCUCAUUCGCCCUGGGCGUGUGGACCUCGCAGUACUCUUGGGCGACGCUACUCCAGAACAGGCACGUCGACUGUUUGUGAGCUUCUACGAAGGUACAAGUGGGGAAGAUCGAGCGCCGCUACCUACUGAGGGGCGCCUCGCAUCACUGGGGCGUGAUGUCGAGCAGAUGGUGGCGCAUGAAAUGCAGCAGGGCAAGCGCGUUAGUAUGGCGGCGCUGCAAGGGCUCUUUAUCAGAAGUUCUGCUGUGGAGGCGGUCCAGGGAAUCAAAGCUUUAUUGGGAUCUCAACAAAUAGCUGAACAUAGAUAA